CCACACAGAACCCAGAGCAGUCUCCUUAACAUUGACUUCACCUUGUGGAGGAAGCCGGGAGAGAAACUGCUGAAGGAGACAGAUGACAGUUCAGUGCAAAGAAUGGGACCGCAGGCUGUGGGGUCAGGCUGGGCUCUACCCACAGUUUCUUGAUGUGUUGUUCUUUCAUUUCCUCCGCCACGUGACUAACCUGAGAAGCUCACAGAUCAAGAUGAUAUUCGACCUCCUAGACUGGACGGCUGUAGGAGAGAUCGGUUUUGACCAGUUCUACGUGCUGGUUUGCAUACUGCUGGCACAUCAGAACCAUCUGGAAGAUCACUUUAUGUACCGCCAUUCCCGGCCUGUUUUCGAUCUGCUUGAUUUGGACGGGGAGUUGAAUAUAGGUGUGACCAAUUUCCAAAACUACAGGUUUCUCUUCAAUAUUAAAAAGCAGGAACUCCGAGACCUUUUCCAUGAUUUUGACAUCACAGGUGACCGACUACUUAAUUACAAGGAAUUUAAGCUGUACACAAUCUUCUGCACGGACAAAUCCAUAGACAGAAAGAAAAGGAGGAAAGAAAGAGAGGAAGUGAGAGAGAAAGAAAAAGACAAAGGGAAAGAUAAAGAGAAGUAUCUUCAUCUCAAGAAGUUGUAUUCAUCCGUGUUAAGCCACAGGAGUCUCCUGUGACACAGAAGUGAGCAUGACUAAUUAAAGUUAACAUGGCCACAGUGAAGUAGAGCACUGAAGUGCA